GAGUAUCAAUUGAACAAUAAACAAACUAAUCGGGAAGUACAUUCCUGAUUUCACUUUCUCAGACUAAAUUUAUAGACAGCCGUUGAACUACCCCAGUUUCAUACAAUCAAAGCCUACUGAUUCACAAACUACCUUUCAUUGUAUAAAUUAGGUCGGUCUAAUUCCAUCAAGUUUUCUCUCUUAUAAGAAGACUGACUUCCUACAUGUCGGACAAUAAGCUCUUCGAGAGUAAUGUGAAACAGGUAUGGGAGCAUUUUUGAGAAUCUGGAAUAAGUAAAGUAAAAUAUCCUCCAUGCAUGGUAUCUUCAGCCUUCAAAACUUUUCAUUUCUUCUGCAAAGUAAGGAAUAUCGCAGAUGAUUGAUGCCUCCUUAUCUUACACUGAAAGGUUUUUCGGCAGAAUGGAAUAAAGGGUUUUCUGAUAUUUGGAAGUACUUUCUGUUCUCAUUCUAUUGCUUUUCCUACGUCCUCAUCCCACCGCAUACUUCAGAUCGACACCACCAGGAGAAUAAACCGAAAAACAAAGAACGGAACACGUUUACCAGGCAUCUUAUCUUUGUUCCAUCGAAUCUAUUCGAUUGCAGAUUUCAACGAGGUCCUCGUCCAGACUAGAAUCACACCUGGUGCUGAAUAUGAAGUACUUCAUCAUGCAUGAUGUGCAUGCCAGGAAAAUGAGUGAUGCAUCCCCGGAUUGCUAUAUAUAUGAAGUACUAGCAGCAUGGGAACAGAAAAGAGAAGUGUGCGUGACUUCAAGAGAUGGGGACAGGGUGGUCACAAGAUGAGGCCUCACAGUCGCAGCAGCAGAGUCCUGCGCAACCAAGUAACAAUGCAGCAGUGGAGAAAGUAGCAGAAGCAAUGCCUAGUGGCCCUAAACCCAUGGCAAAAGUGGAGAAAGCAGCUAGUUUUCAGGCCAAACCGUCAGCUGAUCACAACCAGGGGACCAAAGUAGUGAAAGAAGUCACGGGAAUCUUGGCUUCUCCAGUUGUACAAGUGAAGCAGCAGCAGCCGCAAAAGCAGCUCCCGCAUAAUUUUGAAGCUAUUGUGAAAGAUGCAGACACUCCUAUCAACAAGUCUCCGGAACACCUGUUUGGACAUCUUUAUGCUGGAAUACUCUUAAACCAAAAGAGGAAGAAGUAUUGGGUUGACAAGAAGUCCAACAACUGCUUCAUGGUGUAUCCAAGGGAUCUCAAAAUCACUUGGGCUGAAGACAAUCGUUACUGGCGCUGGCCUUCCCUGGAAGAAACAAGUAAUGUCUUCAUUGAUGCAGCUGAACUGUUAAAUGUAUGCUGGCUUGAAGUUCAUGGAAAAAUUGAUUCCACAAAACUGUCACCAGGAACUCUUUAUGAAGUAGUAUUUAUAGUGAUGUUGAAAGCUGCAGCUAAUAAUUGGAAAGUUCCGGUCAAUGUUAGACUCACUCUUCCAGAUGGUAACAAGCAAGGACGUAAAGCUGAACUUAAUAAAAUCCCAAGAGAACAAUGGACAGAGAUACCGAUAGGCGAGUUUAAAGCAUCACCAGGUUUAUCUGGGAACAUUGAAUUUUCGAUGUAUGAAUACGAUGAUGGGAAAUGGAAGAGUGGUCUUUUGAUCAGGGGUGUUGCCAUUCGACCUAAAAACUAGGAGGUACUCAAACUUGGCUUAUGAGUGGAGAGAGAAUCUUCUGAGUUUAUCAGCAAAACUUCUUAGUGGUUUGCAUAUGUAUAAUGGUCUUCAAUAAAAUCUCAGAACUUGAAAUUUUUCAAGUUAAAAAAGAUUCUUGCAGCAAAUGAACCAUAAAGUCAAUACCAGGAUAACUACUGAAGCUUAGCUCAGAGCUAGAACAAUUCAAACUUUCGGCUCAAAUAGAUAUACUUGAAAGGGGCAGAGCUGGACAUUGCAUCACUCUAUUCACUGCCACUAGUCAUAGCAAUAUGUAGCAGAACAUAUUUUGCUGUAUUACGCACAACUUAUCUACCAUACAUCUGAACCUAAUUAAACUUCAAGUCAUAUAAUUGGAUGGGAAGAGGGCGUUCAUUCUUUAAAUAACUACACAAGGAAUUA